GGGACUGAUGCAUUGCCUAGUACUAUCCGCAGCUACAUGGUUGCGUGGUUGUCUACUCCUGAAUGGGAUCUCAGACUCCGCCACUCGGAUUGCCUUGCGGGACGGGGACCUCAUGACGGGCCUCCCGCACUGCACUCUCGAACAUCGCAAUAUCUCCCCUAGCCGCACCCCAGCGGCGCUCUCUCUGCUUCUCCCUGAGAGUUCCGAUGAGCCACGCAGCCCACGAGGCAGUCUAGCCAGAUCAUCUGCAUGUCGCCGUCCUCGAUAGGAGCAUGGCAAUGCUCCCACAGGCUAGG